AUGGCAGCGCUACCAGACCCUCAGGCUAUUGAAGAGCCAUCCUACAUCGAUUACGAGACAUUCCUUGCUCCCGACUUCUCGCCCGCCGCGUUUGCCAAUUCACUCGUCCUUUCCACCAACAAUCCUGACGACUCCCCGCUUGAUCUCUCAACACCCUUGUCGCGAGUCCUCUUUGACGCUCAAGAGAUUGACUCUCACAUUGACCUCCUCACCACCCGUUCCGCCGUUCCUUUGCUCCAAUAUACCCAAUCGCAGACCCAAGCCAGCAAAGCCAUUGUUGCGCAGCUCGAAGCUCAGAUCGCAAGCCUGAAUGACAGCUAUAAGCAACUCGAGAAGGAGGUAAUCGAUAAGCAUGCCGAGGCUGAGGAGAUCCGCCAGGUCGCCUUGCGCCUUUGGGAGACGCUGAGGCUGGGGAGGUCAAUGGGGAGGUGCCUGCAGCUUGGGAGACAGCUCGAGGCACAGUUCUCUGAGCUGGGCAACCCCGGUGCCGGAAAAGGCGACUACGGAGCGCUCGUUCGAUGCUCAUACACCAUCCUCUCGCUGCGCGAAGUUCUGGACAGCAAGGCACCGGGCGAGGAAGGCCAUGGGCUCGAGAAGCUCAACGCCAUCAAGAGCCUGCGGGACGCCAUCAUCAUACCGAUCGAACGACGGAUUACCGAGAUGUCUGAGCGGCAGAUUCGCGAAUUUGCUACGCCGAACAACAUCACUUUUGCACAGAGCGAGGAGGCACGAUCACGAUUGGUAUCUGCCAUGUCUGCACUAUAUUUGCUGUCGCCGAUCAGCGGAAUUCAAUUGGAGAAAUGGACUCCAAAGUUACUUGUACAAGCCCUGGAUUCCUAUGUCCGCUCUGCUCUGCAAGCAAGCACCGCAGCUCUCUCACGAUCUCUCGGACAGCUUCCUACUCUAGACAAAUCUCUUGUCGAAGUCGUAUCCCACUGCCAGAACAUUGCUUCGCUUGAGUUGAUUCUCGAAACUACUGAGGCUCCCACCCACCCCUUGGUUCCAGCUUCUGCGAAGAAGAAGCAGCAAAACCUCGUCCGAUUACUGCUGUCUCGAUUUGAAACGAGCUCUUUGAUUUCCUACUUUUGGCGCAGCAUGGCGAGUAAUAUUUCCGCUCGCGUUCAGGAGAUAGCUACCAGAGGAGGCAUUGUUGCUCGUACACUACGCACGAAUAAGAACGUUGUCGGGGACGCUAUUCGACAGGCCGUUAUCAAGGGGAGUCAAACACCGAAUGUCUUUUCCAGCAGCAAAAAGAAGCCCGGCGUCGAAGCAAGCUGGGACCGAGAAAUAGCCGUUAUGACGGGAAGUGUGUUGAAUAACAUAGGGCGAUGA